GCGCGCCCUCUUCCGCUUGUGUGCCGGUUCACAAAGACCCCUCUUCUAAGUGGGGUGGGUACGCGUCGUCCUUUUGCGCAGGCGCGCGGUGUGAGGUCCACGCUCACCUCUAUGCCGGCAGGGCACGUCUUGCGGGUCCGCGCCUUGUAUCGGCGCAUCUUGCUGCUGCACCGGGGUCUGCCCCCAGACCUUAAAGCCCUUGGUGACCAGUACGUGAAGGACGAGUUUAGGAGGCAUAAGACCGUUGGUUCUGACGAGGCCCAGCGUUUCUUGCAGGAAUGGGAGGUGUAUGCAGCAGUGCUAUGGCAACAAACUAAUGAAAACAGACAAAAUUCAACAGAAAGAGUGUGUUUUGGAGUUGCCCUACCAGAAGAAAAACUUAAUGACUUUCGUGAUGAACAGAUUGGACAGUUGCAGGAGCUGAUGCAAGAAGCUACUAAACCUAACAGACAAUUUAGUAUUCCUGAAUCUAGGAAACCAGAAUUUUAGUCUAUACAAUAAAGCUUACACAUUUUAAGUUCAGAACCCCUUACUGGGUUUCUAAAAAUGUAUUUCUUCAGCUUUUAGGUUUUGUGAAUGCCUGGUGUUCAUGAAAUAUUCUUUAAUUUGGGGUUGUUAUUAAUGUUGUCUACAAUAUGUAGAUCAAUAUGGCUA